AUGUCUAGUUUUCACUCCUCUACCGUGAAAUGCCUGCUUGAGCAACCCACUGGCUCGCAUCGAGUCAAAUAUCACGGCGCUGGCGACCACUCGAUAUGGGACUUCGCCCUUGAGACGGAGCACCGCCCAGUCGACGUGUCCCUCGUACUCCCGCAUUAUCGCGCCCGCAAUCAACCGUUCGACCAUCGCUUAUCUAUGUAUGUUAGAAGCGAGAGGGCAGAGUCGAUGAAAGUCAAAGUCUUCCAGCUCGAGGUCCACUCCGCGUCCAAUGCGGACAUCACUAUCUGGCUCCCAUCGGACUUCCGUGGGCGUAUCCACCGCUCAGCGCACUGCAGACGCGUCUCGUUCUCCGCCGGCUUCACAAAUCGCAUCAUGCAAAACGUGUGCAUGACGCAGUCCCGCCGUCCGUCCCUCGUCGCCGCCAUCGACAAACACAUCACUCAGUACUCCGACAUCUACAUCUCCGACGACGCCGGCGUGUACUCCGAGAAGGAGCACUGGAACGCCGGAUAUAUCUGCGGGGGCACCGAGGAGGACGAGGUCAUCGUGCACACCGCCGGGCACGUCACCUUCCGCAUGUGGGACGCCCGCUGUCGCGAGGCGUGCAAGCGCGUGCUCGGUCUCGGCUGGUGCGCCAAGCGCGCUCCGGAAGUCGCCAUCGACUGGGACUUCCUCUGGACGACUAGCGACCAUGUCUGA